CUGCCAUAGUAAUUUUUAUCCUGAGUCUGAGUUCAGGUUGUUUCAUUAUGACUGGAGACAUUACUCUUGACUGGAGACAUACUCUUUCUCCUUAACAACUUCUCCAGCAAUGGACAGGAUGGAAAAUGUUGUGAUACUACUGAUAUUAUUGCAGAGUUUCUGUAUUGCUCGCAUUCUGAGUUUUAAUGUAGGAACUGCAGGUGCCAAAAUCUUCUCAUCUGGUCCUGGGGUACAAGAGUUUGGCUACACUGUACAACAGUUAAGCAAUGAUCAAGGAAAAUGGCUGCUAGUAGGUUCUCCCUGGAGUGGAUACCCUCAGAAUAGAAAAGGAGACUUCUAUAAGUGUGACACUGGUCUUCCCACAAACAUCUGCCGGGAACUAAACCUUCAAGACUCUAUCAGCAUAGAUGGUGUGCAGAGCAUCAAUAUGAACAUGAGUCUGGGUCUGACUGUCACUCCAAUAGCCAAACCUAACAGAUUUAUGACAUGUGGUCCUCUGUGGGCCCAGCGCUGUGGCAGUCAGUACUUCUACCCAGGAGUCUGUGCUGAAUUGAGCCCACAGUUUACACUUGAGCCGGCCUUCUCUCCUGCCAUUCAAACUUGUGGUGGGCCAAUGGAUGUUGCCAUUGUUUUGGAUGGAUCAAACAGUAUAUUUCCGUGGUCUGACGUUAUAAACUUUCUCGUAAAGCUUUUGGAAAAUCUUGAUAUCGGACCAGAUCAAACUCGAGUCAGUAUUAUGCAGUAUUCAGAGGAUUUGGCCUUUAUUUAUGAUUUUAAUUUUGACCAAAAUAAAAAAAAAGUACUUUCAGCGGCUUCUGCUAUUGGCCAAAAAACUGGAAUAGAAACCAACACUUUUGCGGCACUUGAUAAUGCCAGACAAACAGCUUUCCUACCAGAAAAUGGUGGCCGUCCAGGUGCCACUAAGGUGUUGGUAGUGGUGACGGAUGGAGAAUCUUCUGAUGGUCAUAGAGGUCAAGAGGUCAUUGAGAGAUUUGACAGAGAGGGCAUCAUUCGCUUUGGCAUUGCUAUUCUCAAGGAAAGUGCCAAUAUUCAAAAGUUCAUCGAGGAGAUUGAAUUGAUCGCUAGCACUCCAGCAGAGAACUACGUGUUCAAUGUGUCAUCAGAGGAAGCUCUAAUCAAUAUCGCAGGAACUCUAGGGGACAGAAUCUUUAACAUUGAAGGCACAAGUCAAGGUCAAGAAUUCCAAAUGGAGAUGUCCCAAGUUGGAUUCAGCGCACACCAGACCAAUAAAAAGGAUGAGAUUAUGCUGGGUGCUGUCGGAGCAUAUGGAUGGACCGGGACCGUCGUCCAUCAAACAGCUGGAAAAUCACGCAUUUUCCUCAAAAAUGCUUUUGAGAAAACCCUUGAUGACAGAAACCACAGCUCAUUACUUGGCUACUCUGUCAGCUCUGUGACUGAUGGCUCGUCUGAGUUUUAUGUGGCCGGAGCUCCUCGUGCCGUUCAUAGAGGACAGGUUGUAGUUUACACUAUUAACAGCCAGGGACAACCUGUCAUCAAAGAUUCGCAGAGAGGAGAUCAGAUCGGGUCUUACUUUGGCAGCGUUCUCUGUCCCGUUGAUGUGGACGCUGAUGGUGUGACUGAUCUGCUGCUGGUUGGAGCUCCAAUGUACAUGAGCGAGGAGAAGUCUGAAACAGGACGAGUCUACCUGUUCACCAUUACCAAGGGUAUCUUGAGCAACCAGGGCAGCUUAGAGGGACCCUCCGCAUUGGAGAAUGCUCGGUUUGGGACGGCCAUCACUGUUGUCCCAGAUCUGAACCUGGACGGCUUCAGAGACGUGGUGGUUGGUGCCCCAAUGGAAGGCAAUGGCCAAGGUGCCAUUUACAUCUACUAUGGAGACAGAAAAACCAUCAGAAAGCAGAGCUCACAGAAAAUACUUGGAUCCAAACUGGACCCGGCGCUUCGAUUCUUUGGACGCUCUUUAGAUGGCCGUAGAGAUAUGAACGGUGACUCAAUCCCUGAUAUUUCAGUCGGAGGAGACGGGAAAGUAGUGCAGCUCUGGUCAAGGGGAGUGUCCGCUGUCACAACAACAGUCUCCUUUAACCCGGAGAAGAUCAGCAUUCUAACUAAACCUUGUGAGUUGGGUGGAAGGAUGGUGCCGUGUGUUACUGCCAAAGUCUGUUUCAGGUCAACAUUCAAACCCAUUACAUUAGUGGGUAAAGUAGAUAUCAAGUACAACCUGACCCUUGACGCUGACUUGCAGUCAUCAAGAGCCACUUCCAGAGCCCAGUUUAAAAUCUCAGAUCGUGUUCUCCAGAAUUCUGUUAGUGUCUCUGAAAAAGAAACCUGUGUAGAUCAUAAAGUGAAUGUGCAGGAGACUCCUGAUUUUGUUAGUUCAGUUGCUCUGCGAGUUGACAUCAGUCUCCAGAAUCCAGAAACCGGCCCUGCCCUAGAUGCAUUUCAGCCCAAAGCAUGGGAAUUUUUUAUCCCUUUUGUAAAGGAUUGUGGCUCUGAUGACAAAUGUACUUGUGAUCUGAAGCUGACUGUGAAAGCUGUUGAUGUACCAAGCUCAUCUUCACUUCUAGUUAGCCCUGUCAGAAGAAGACUCUCCUUCAUUGUUACAGUAACGAACAUGAAAAAUGCUGAAAAUGCGUACAAUACAAGAGUGUCUGCUAACUUCUCCAGUAACCUGUUCUACGCCUCCAUUACACCCCCUGGAAAUAACACUGAGGUGAAAUGCACUUCAAAAACAGGCUCGCUCGACUGCCAAGUCGGAUACCCAACCCUGACGCCUGGCCAGACGGUAACAUAUGAGAUCAACUUUGAUUUCAACCAGAAUCAUCUAAAGAAAAAUGCUGUUGUGAACUUUGAAGUGCAAAGUGACAGUGAGGAGAAGGUGACAUCUGAUAACAAGGUCUCUCUAACCAUCCCAGUCCAGUAUGAUGCCGAAAUCAUCCUCACCAGAGACAUAAGCUUGGAUUAUUGCGUCAUUGGUGCUGAGGAUAAAGUCAAACACACAGUCUCAGAUUUCAAUGACAUCGGCCCAGAAUUCAACAUAAUGUUAAGAGUUUCGACUGGAACCUUCCCUAUCAAUCAGGCUCAUCUGAACGUCUUGCUGCCCACUAACACCAAGGCUGGAAAUCCUUUACUAUAUGUGACUUCAGUCAAAACAGUGCCUGUUGUAAAUGUGCAGUGUGACGACAACGCUCUGACUGACCCAUUAAACAUCAGAGAGAAAACCUACACUGCAAGCUUCACUAAACAGAGCUUUAGAGGCACAACAGAACUGAAUUGUAAGACAGCAAAAUGUGAAGCCAUGACUUGUGUCCUCAAAGAUCUAGAGCUAAAGACCAGCUACUUUGUAAACAUCACCACAAGGAUCUGGAAUGGGACUUUUGCCUUUGCAGAUUUUCAGACCGUUUUAGUGGCUGGAAGCUCUGAAAUAGAAACAUCUCAGCCUGAUCUCAUAGUCGUCACACACAAACAACAACAGAUAAAAAUUACAGUCAGUAAAGAAGGAGCGCUUGGAGAUGUUCCUAUUGGUGUUAUCAUAGGAAGUGUCAUUGGCGGACUCCUCCUGUUUGUUCUAGCUACAGUGAUUCUAUGGAAGGUUGGCUUCUUCAAGAGAAAGUUGCCACAGAAGGGGAAUGAACAGGACCAGGCAGAACAAGAGGGCCUGUGUGAGAAUCCAGCAUGAGCAGGACAUACAUGCUCUGCUCUGCUCUGUGACUAAAAUGAUUGAUGUCACCUCGAAAUGAAGAGAUAAAUAACUGAUAUUCAGUUUACAGUCAUUCAGGUCCUGCUGGAGAUCUUGGUUAUGAUAUUACUGUAUUUUAAAUCAUCUCACAACUGUUUAAUCUAAUGUACUUGAUCUCUGUGUGCUCAGUUGUGUGCUGUUCUCAAGUAUGGACAAAUGAGUUUGUACAUGUAUGAGAGCUGUGAUGUGUCAGACAGAGGGGGUGGGGUGAGAUGCCUCUGUCAGUUCUUGCUUCAGGAUUCUUGUUGCUUCAGUAUGUACAUGGUUCUCGGUUAAAGCAUAACAGAAACAAAUUUUGUAAAUACAUCAUUUGAAGUUUGUCUAUUGCAAGUUGUUAACGUCCUGCUGUUUUAGUUUCAGACUACUAUAAGAGUAAAGUGUUUCUGAGACGUUUAACUCGCUCAUGGCACAAACUCACAGUUCAGUGACACACUGUGGUUAUAACUCCUUCUAUGUGAAAUACUUAUUAUGAAUGACUCUUGCUGUUGUGAUUGUUCAAGCCUCAGGGGCAGAUUAAAUUAUGUUCUUUAAACCUUGUUUUUGUUGGCCAGAUUUCCCCUUUUUUUCUCUUCCUUUGGGCUAUUCUGGAAUACUAAGCAUAUUUUAAAGUGUUUGAUGGACAUUUUUAUGGUUUUAUUAGGUUCGUGUUUACCAAAAUACUUCUAUAGUCUCUAAUACUGUCUAUGCACAACCUUACUUCACUUAAUAAAACCGUAAAGUUGGGGUUAAACUUUAAUGUGAAAUUUGUCAAAAGCUUACUGAUAUCAUCAUAUUAUAUUGCCAUGCAAUUCUGUUUCCAAACACCAUGUCGCAAUGGACAGGUUAACUUCUCACCUAUUCAGUGUACUUUUACCUUAGAUGGUUGCGUUUGAAUGUGUGCACGUAGGUUUAGUUUGUGUGCCAACUGAGGUACGAGCAUUCUCAAAAAGGGUGUGGUAGGCUAAUUAAAAACAAAAUUGCUAUGGCUAUUGUAACACAUUGUGUGUAAUGUUGUGUUGAUUGUGUAUUAAAAUCAAAGAUCAAAAUUA